AUGAAAGUCGCUUCAGUCGUUGCUAGUACAGCCGCAAUCCUCGCCUUGACCAACGCGGCAGCGAUCCAAAAUCAAGUGGCAGCAUCGGGCGACAUUGAAAAACGUGAUCUUAGUGCGUUUCUAAAUGGGAUAUUGAGUGCCUUGGGCUCGCUAUUUGGAUCUAGCAGUGGAAGUGGAAGUGGAUCUUCACCAACUACAACCACCACUGGAGCACCAGCACCAACUACCGCAGCUCCAACUACUGCAGCACCAACUACCGCAGCGCCAACUUCGGGCAGCAGUGGUAGCAGCGGAACCCUGGCCUUUGAUGGGUUCUUGAACAACUUGGGCUGCUGGCUCAGCGGAUGGUUAGGCAAGAGGGAAGGCGAACAACUCCCAUCGUUGAAUGUUUCACUCCCCGUUUUGAAAAGAGGUAUAUGUGCUAUCUUGGAUGGUGAAAUCGAAGAUUCCAAACAUGGAUUCGAUAACCUUUUGCAGAUCUUGGGUGUUAGCGAGGAAGACGCUUUGAGUGGUGGUUUUACCUCUGACUAUACCAUGACCCAUUGGCUCGGUUCCUUGGGUCUUAUGUAUAUUGAUGGCGAGAAUGGUGACGACGAGUAG